GGAUUUGUUAGGUUUGGUAUUGUAUUCUUUGGUUCGGCGGGAAUCGGCGCCGCCUUUGCAUUGAUUGCAGCUCUGGUAUUCAAAUACAUAGACUUAAGAAAGCAUCCGUCCCUCGAGUUCGGGAUGAUGUUAGUGUUUAUAUACGCGCCGUACGGGUUGGCCGAGGGCUUGCAUUUAUCGGGAAUUAUGGCCAUUCUGUUCAAUGGUGUAGUGAUGUCACAUUACGCUCACUUUAACCUCUCACCAGUCACUCAGAUAACAAUGCAACAGACGCUCAGGACUUUGGCCUUUAUAGCCGAGACCUGUGUGUUCGCAUACCUGGGUUUAGCGAUAUUCAGUUUCAAAAUGAAGAUUGAGAUCGAGUUAAUCAUUUGGAGUAUAAUACUAUGUUUGGUCGGACGCGCCCUAAAUAUCUAUCCGCUCUCAUAUGCCGUCAAUUACUUUCGCGAGCAUAAGAUCUCAAAGAAGAUGAUGUUUGUCAUGUGGUUCAGUGGUCUUCGGGGAGCCAUUGCUUACGCUCUGGCACUACAUCUGGAGUUUGAAGACGAAAAACGCCGAGUCGUUGUCACCACAACUCUUAUAAUCGUAUUGUUCACCAUUAUUGUAAUGGGCGCGAGUUCUAUGCCAGUCAUGAAGUUUAUGAAAGCAGACAAAAAAGUGAGAGGAAGGAGAAGGGGUUCGAAGAAAGGCUCCAAAAGGGGACUCAGUUUGAGUAAAACUAAAGAAAUGGGUCAGGCCAUAGAAGCCGAACACUUAUCUGAAUUAACUGAAGAGGAAUAUGAAGUAAAUUUCUUAAACAAGUCGAAUGUCACCGGUUUUGUUAGAUUUGAUGUCAAAUAUUUAAUGCCAUUCUUUACGCGAAGAUUUACAGAACAGGAAGUGAAGGACUGUAAGUCCCAAAUGACUGAUCUGACCAAUAGAUGGUAUCAAACGGUUAGAAGACCUUCAGAUACGGAAGAAUCUGAAGAAUUGUGUGUUGAGAGUCCACAACUGUUUAAAGCGUAAAUUUGUUAUUUUAUUUGUUUUGUUGUUUCAAUGCAUAAACAUUGCCUUAAUUUAAUAAAUAAAUAAUUAAUUUAUUCAAUAUUUAAA